GUUCGGGGAUGAGGAAAUCACGCAGUUGGACCUCCCUUAAAACUCUGUCAUCAACCAAAGCCGCUUCCUCCGAUUUGCAAAACCGAGCCAUGGAGAUGUCUUGUACGGAGGUGGAAUAUUUGGAAAACCUUGCGACAUCCUUUGUAAAUCUCGGGCGCCCUCCCACCACAGGUAUAACGAAAUUGGGUAGAUCUAACUUUCAGAAAAACCUAGCAAGCUGCCGUGAGAGUGUCGGCACCUUUUCUCUGGGUUCGGGGAUGAGGAAAUCACGCAGUUGGACCUCCCUUAAAACUCUGUCAUCAACCAAAGCCGCUUCUGCCG